AGGGGGCGGGGCUUCAGCUGAUCACGUGUUCCCGCACCUCCCCGGCGCGCGCCUGCCCGCCCGCCCGCUCGCCCCCGGUCCGGACUCCUCCUCCUCCUCUUCUCGCCAUUGCAGUUGGACCCAGCAGCCCGGCGCGCACCGCGUGGCUUUUGGGGGGAAGACCCCGGCGGGCUGUGGCAGGAGGGCGGCGGCGGCGGCUGCGGUCGAAGAAGGGGACGCCGACAAGAGCUGAAGUAUUGAUAACACCAAGGAAAUCUAUCACGAUCUGAAAAGAUAAGCAAAAGUUUGAUUUCCAGACACUACAGAAGUAAAAAUGCGUCCAAUGCGAAUUUUUGUGAAUGAUGACCGCCAUGUAAUGGCAAAGCAUUCUUCCGUUUAUCCAACGCAAGAGGAGCUGGAGGCAGUCCAGAACAUGGUGUCCCACACGGAGCGGGCACUCAAAGCUGUGUCCGACUGGAUAGACGAGCAGGAAAAGGGUAGCAGCGAGCAGGCAGAGUCCGAAAACAUGGAUGUGCCCCCAGAGGACGACAGUAAAGAAGGGGCUGGGGAACAGAAGACGGAGCACAUGACCAGAACCCUGCGGGGAGUGAUGCGGGUGGGCCUGGUGGCAAAGGGCCUCCUACUCAAGGGGGACUUGGAUCUGGAGCUGGUGCUGCUGUGUAAGGAGAAGCCCACAACCGCCCUCCUAGACAAGGUGGCCGACAACCUGGCCAUCCAGCUUGCUGCUGUAACAGAAGACAAGUAUGAAAUACUGCAAUCUGUCGACGAUGCUGCGAUUGUGAUAAAAAACACAAAAGAGCCUCCAUUGUCCCUGACCAUCCACCUGACAUCCCCUGUUGUCAGAGAAGAAAUGGAGAAAGUAUUAGCUGGAGAAACGCUAUCAGUCAACGACCCCCCGGACGUUCUGGACAGGCAGAAAUGCCUUGCUGCCUUGGCGUCCCUCCGACACGCCAAGUGGUUCCAGGCUCGAGCCAACGGACUGAAGUCCUGUGUCAUUGUGAUCCGGGUCCUGAGGGACCUGUGCACUCGCGUGCCCACCUGGGGUCCCCUCCGAGGCUGGCCUCUCGAGCUCCUGUGUGAGAAAUCCAUUGGCACGGCCAACAGACCGAUGGGUGCUGGCGAGGCCCUGCGGAGAGUGCUGGAGUGCCUGGCGUCGGGCAUCGUGAUGCCAGAUGGUUCUGGCAUUUAUGACCCUUGUGAAAAAGAAGCCACUGAUGCUAUUGGGCAUCUAGACAGACAGCAACGGGAAGAUAUCACACAGAGUGCGCAGCACGCACUGCGACUCGCUGCCUUCGGCCAGCUCCAUAAAGUCCUGGGCAUGGACCCUCUGCCUUCCAAGAUGCCCAAGAAACCAAAGAAUGAAAACCCAGUGGACUACACCGUUCAGAUCCCACCCAGCACCACUUAUGCCAUUACGCCCAUGAAACGCCCAAUGGAGGAGGACGGGGAAGAGAAGUCUCCCAGCAAAAAGAAGAAGAAGAUUCAGAAGAAAGAGGAGAAGGCAGAGCCCCCCCAAGCUAUGAAUGCCCUGAUGCGGCUGAACCAGCUGAAGCCAGGGCUGCAGUACAAGCUGGUGUCCCAGACUGGGCCCGUCCAUGCCCCCAUCUUUACCAUGUCUGUGGAGGUUGAUGGUAAUUCAUUCGAGGCCUCUGGACCCUCCAAAAAGACGGCCAAGCUGCAUGUGGCCGUUAAGGUGUUACAGGACAUGGGUUUGCCGACGGGUGCCGAAGGCAGGGAUUCUAGCAAAGGGGAGGACUCGGCUGAGGAAACUGAGGCGAAGCCAGCGGUGGUGGCCCCCGCCCCAGUGGUAGAAGCUGUCUCAACCCCUAGUGCGGCCUUUCCCUCAGAUGCCACUGCCGAGAACGUAAAACAGCAGGGGCCAAUCCUGACAAAGCACGGCAAGAACCCAGUCAUGGAGCUGAACGAGAAAAGGCGGGGGCUCAAGUACGAGCUCAUCUCCGAGACCGGUGGCAGCCACGACAAGCGCUUCGUCAUGGAGGUUGAAGUGGAUGGACAGAAGUUCCAAGGUGCUGGUUCCAACAAAAAGGUGGCGAAGGCCUACGCUGCCCUUGCUGCCCUAGAAAAGCUUUUCCCUGACACCCCUCUCGCCCUUGAUGCCAACAAAAAGAAGAGAGCCCCAGUACCCGUCAGAGGGGGACCGAAAUUUGCUGCUAAGCCACAUAACCCUGGCUUCGGCAUGGGAGGCCCCAUGCACAAUGAAGUGCCCCCACCCCCCAAUCUUCGAGGGCGGGGAAGAGGCGGGAACAUCCGGGGACGAGGGCGCGGGCGAGGAUUUGGUGGUGCCAACCACGGAGGCUACAUGAAUGCUGGCGCUGGGUAUGGAAGCUACGGGUACGGAGGCAACUCGGCGACAGCAGGCUACAGUCAGUUCUACAGCAACGGAGGGCAUUCUGGGAAUGCCGGUGGCGGUGGCGGCGGGGGCGGUGGUGGCUCCUCCGGCUAUGGCUCCUACUACCAAGGUGACAACUACAACUCACCGGUGCCCCCAAAACACGCUGGGAAGAAGCAGCCGCACGGGGGCCAGCAGAAGCCCUCCUACGGCUCGGGCUACCAGUCCCACCAGGGCCAGCAGCAGUCCUACAACCAGAGCCCCUACAGCAACUAUGGCCCCCCGCAGGGCAAGCAGAAAGGCUAUAACCAUGGACAAGGCAGCUACUCCUACUCGAACUCCUACAACUCUCCCGGGGGCGGGGGCGGAUCCGACUACAACUACGAGAGCAAAUUCAACUACAGUGGUAGUGGAGGCCGAAGCAGCGGGAACAGCUACGGCUCAGGCGGGGCAUCCUACAACCCAGGGUCACACGGGGGCUACGGCGGAGGUUCUGGGGGCGGCUCCUCAUACCAAGGCAAACAAGGAGGCUACUCACAGUCGAACUACAACUCCCCGGGGUCCGGCCAGAACUACAGUGGCCCUCCCAGCUCCUACCAGUCCUCACAAGGCGGCUAUGGCAGAAACGCAGACCACAGCAUGAACUACCAGUACAGAUAAGCCCCCGCGGGGCGGAGAUUUCUACCUUCUGCACUUACUCCCCAUCAGAAGAUCGAGUUUUAUGCAUCACAGUUAACAUGUCAGCUGGCCCUCCAGGCCCCCGCCCCCACCCCGUCCACGUUGCUGUGUCGUGAGGUGCAGCGGGUCACCCUGUGGCCCGUCCUGUGACCCAUAUUUAGCCGUGUUUGGGACUCCGUGUCUUCAAUGGUUUGUUAGUUGCCAUUACAACUUUGUCUGGGUAGAGUUUUUGAGUUCUUGCAGUUCAGUAUCCCUCUGUCUAUUCACACUUGGUGUUAGUGGUAACUCAGUUUGUCUUUAAAUAGUUACGGAAGGGAUACGUCAUUUGUUAAUGCUUUUGUGAAGUGAGUUACACGAGCUUUCUGUAUUUUAAUGCUUUAGUGUUUCAGUUUUAUAAGUGAAGAUUUUAUUUUAAAAACCAGUGGGAAAGAGUGGGGGGUUUCUUUUUAUGUCUGGGUCAUUCAGGCAGUACAUCUGAAUUGAGCUGAAUGUAGACAAAUAAAGAAAAACAAAACUGCGCCCGUCUUAGGCCUGGGUGUCUGACCCACCAGCAGCGCAAAGAGCAGGUUUCCCCGCUCUGUCCCUGCUCGGGGAAAGCAGGGCGGGCCAGCAGGAUGCUCCCUGGUCCUUAGAGAGGGUCCAGUUCUGGCCUUCUAAACGUUUUACUCAUGCUCAGCAAAGGCUGGUUGCUGGUCUCCUGGGCUGUGUAGACCCGGUGUCCCACCAGGCUCCCACCAUCCACAGAGGGGCUCACAGUGCCCAUUCUGGUCUUGGGGAACCCAUCCCAAAAUAGGCAGGCUUUUUCUGCUCCCUGAUUUUGGUGUAGUUCUAAGUACACCAGUGAUGUCCUCUGUAGGGGCGUGCCUGUGGUGGAACACAUAACCCAGUUAGAAAAAGAAAGGGCAGGUGAGGCCUGGGUAACCCCAGCCACGGAUCGUCAGUGGCUGGAGGGAGCUUCGUGUCUGUGCUGGAGCUGCAGCCUGCUCGCCAUCUGGAGGCUCGGCAGAGUGGGGAGUUGCGGUUCUCACACCAGCAGAUUUCCCUAGAGCGUGAUUCUCCCAUCUGAGGCAAUCUCGCCUCCCAGGGGAAAUUUUGCAAUGUUUGGAGGAUGUUGUCACAGCUAGCAGGUGCUCUGGGAUCUAGUGGAUACAGGCCAAGGAUGCUGUCAAGCAUACUAUGUUGCCCAGAAGAGUGGCCCACAGCGGGGACCUGCCCUAUGGAAAUAUCAGGAGGUGGAGACCCCACGCUAGAGCAGCCCUUCUAGCUUCACCUUGCCUGGGGAGGGAGGAGGAGCUCUGGUUUCAGGGCAUUGCUGGGAUUGCCUUUCCCCAGGAUUCCUGUCGGCCAUCCAGGAAGAACUGUACUUGCCAAGCCUGGGACCACACAUCUACAGAGAUCCUGCUUUGCUGACCUGAGCCCCACGCCUUGGUCUCCUGUGCUUGGGUAACCAUGGCCACUGGGAAAAGCGAGGACCAUUUUUGACUCAGAAUCUAUUCAGCUAAUGUAGAAUAUCAAGUGUGCUUUCGAAGGACGAAGAUUUGCUUUCUUGGAGAGGUGAAAGAACAAGUUGUGUGCUAGAAAACUUUUGAGGGAUUCUCAUUUGUGUUAGAGCAGAGGAUGUCCCAGAUACCAAGUGGUUCCUCCUAGGAAAGGGUGGGAGAAGAGGACCUGAAGUACCCUACGAUCCUAGCAGUGCACAGUGGAGGAGGGAUGAGGAUGGAUGAGUCCUACCCCCAAUUUUGAUAGGAUGUGUUUAUGUCCUGUCUCCUCUCCUGGACGUAUUAAGGGGUUGGGACAAGAAGAGACUCCUGUGAGAUCAGCAGACCUUGUAUUUGAGUAGAGAAUACCAGCCUGUAACACCCAUGGAGAGGGACGCCUCCUGGCCCCACCUGCCAAAUACCUCCAAACUCCAGGCAGGCACCUGCAUUCUCAACACAGGACUCCUUCAGUUUCCCACUCAGUGGUUGCUACCACGGUCGUUUCUGAAUGCAGACCCACCAUGAGGGACAGAUUCCAUCCGCCCGCCCUGCUGCAGAUCUGCCACACAGCAGGCACGUGUCUGGAGAGAACAGCUCCGGGCACAGCAUCCUUGGAACCCUCACUUCGGUCAGGGGCCUCACCAGUGCUGAUGAUGCCGUCAUGCCGCUUGCCUGUGACAGUAUCCCAGCUACAACAGGACGCUGGGUUCAGGAAGAUGUGGCUAUCACCUUGAGCACUGACAGUGGCCUUCCGGGCCAGUUGCCUUCCAAACCCAGGAAGCUGACCUGCAGGAGGGCCUACAGAUGGGCCCAGGAAGAGCUAGGCAGCAGUUGGCUUGUGAUGAGACACCCCGACGCUUUGGGUGGACGGUGUCCUACAUGAGUUGAUAGGAUGGGGUGCUUGGUGGAUGGGCCAUGGAGGUCCUUGAGUGGGAACUGGGUGCACACCAUCCCAGAGGGCUCAGGAUGCCCCAGGAGGGAAAGAAGGGCAACAGACUACACGAUUGGACAUGUGUGGUUGGCUAGGAUGAAGUUGGAGGGAGGGGUGGGGGAUUGGUACUGAUUCCAGGGAGGAAGUAUUGGGGCUUGAUGAACUAUGAUGAAAGGAGGCCUCUGAGCCAUAACAAGGGGCAUAUCCAGGAUUUCCGCCACCCUGGAUUUAGUAGAGCCAGUAGGCCCUGGUUGUCACUCUGGGCAGGGAUGCUGUCAGCCCUGAGGGUUGCCACCCACCUGUUUGUUGCCCUCUGUACUGGCAGGGAAACAUACACCCCUUGUCUCACCACCAACUUUGCUCAUGUAGUCAGUAGGGCUGGCCCUGCCCCAAGGACUCACUGCAUGUACCCGGACCCCUAGGCCUGGCCUUUGCAGCAGAGGUGGCAGCUUCUGGAUUCCAGCUGCAGCUGUGAGCCCCAUGCUGGCUGUGCACUGCACGGGCCUGAGACCGCUGGAUACAAUGUUGGGCAACAACUCAGCCAGCCUGAUGGCAGGCUCAGAGGCUCGCUCUAACCCAUCCCAGAAUAAAUGGAGACUUCAUGUGUUCAUUGUUUCAUUCA